CAAAAGGGACGGCGGCGGCCGUGGCGCCGGCCCCGCGGGGUCACAAGUCGGCAUGCUGAGAACAGCGUGGAGGGCGCUGAGGUCGAUUCCGACCCAGGCAGUGGCCCAGGCUCCAGUCCGAGGGCUGCCGGGCGGAGCGUGAGCCAGGCCUCCCUUCCGCCAGUGGGGCCUUCCCUCCCCUCCUGGAGGUGUUAUCCUUCCAGCCGUUCGCGGAUAUGCCAUCCAGAAACCAGUCCAGCGCAGCCAAGAAGAUGACCCGCCCCCUUCCACGCUGCUCAAAGACUACCAGAACAUUCCCGGAAUUGAGAAGUUUGACGAUGUUGUAAGAAGACUCUUGUCUUUGGAAAUGGCCAGCCAGAAGGAGAAGCCAAAAGUCAAGCAAGAGCAGUUGAUGAAGAAGAUUGUGGCAAACCCUGAGGACACCAGAUCCCUGGAGGCUCGAAUUGUUGCUUUGACCGUCAAGAUUCGCAAUUAUGAAGAACACAGGCAGAAACACCGAAAGGACAAAACCCAUAAGUGCUAUCUGCUGAUGAGCAUCGACCAGAGGAACAAUAUGCUCAAAAACCUCCGUAAGACCAACUAUAGUGUCUUUGAGAAGAUCUGCAAGGAGCUGGGGAUUGAGUACACCUUCCCUCCUCCAUACCACCGGAAAGCCCACCACCGCUGGGCGACCAAGAAGGCGCUGUGCAUUCGGGUUUUCCAGGAGGUACAUAUGAUCAAUGCACAAACCAGAAUAGGUGCAAUUAAGAAUGGCUCCCUGAGUUUACAUGUGACUAGAAGCACUAAAUCUUUUGGUGAAACAGACCCCAUGUCAAUUCAGGCUAGUGUUUUAAAGACCUGGCAGCUUCAGCACUGGGAUCUUGGAGACCUAAUCUACCAUGUAAGAGACAAUAUGGAGAAACCUGGAGAUGCCAUUGACAAGGAAAGUUGUCCAGCUCAGUCCAGCCUUCCAGCCAUGUCCACCUAA